CCCAGGUGAGUGUCCGCACCCUACUCGAUCGAUCGCUUCCCCUUGUGAUUCGGGAUCGUUAUCAUUCUAAAAUCCCCAAUUUUUCAAAUUUUGAGCCUAAUGAUCCUGCAAUUUGGAGAAAUCGAAGAGUUUGCACAUCGCGAUCGUGUAUUAUGGUUUGUGCACUUUCCUCGUCCUAUGUCUAAGAGUAUAAAGGUGUGAAAUUUUGCGGGGAUUAGCUUGCUAAUGGAUAGCUCAAGUAAUGCACAAGUUUUUGCUCCAUCUGCCUAUCAAUCGACGCGCUGUUUCCAAAUGCUAUUAUGCAACCAAUCAAGUCGUAUCCAAAUUCACCACAUUCCCGUCGCUCCGAAGAUCCAGAAAGCUAGAAGGCAGUGGUGUAGACACCGCACUAAGAAUCCUCGAUCUCCUGAUCCCCCAAAAAGUACUCCAAAAGGUCAAGGAUGAAGUACAAGAGUCGUGCCAUCAUCGCCUCAUUAAAGCUUGCAUGCAGGAUAUCUUGGAGACUCAAUCAAGGCAUUCGAAGAUCAACAAACAGACGACACCUAGUAAAUCUGCUAGGCAAACCACGCGCCUCACGCCCACAAAGGUUCAUUCAAGUUCAGCGAAGGAGGAUGCUUUCUUUCUGUUUCUUGAACUGCACGAGAGAGGAAUCAGCGUUGAUCUAUCUAUUUUAUGUUCAGUUAUGAGUACUUGUGCAGACACAGCGGCUAUUAACACAGGCGUGCAACUUCAUACUCUCCUGGUGAAAAUUGGCUGCGACUUGUCGAUUCCUAUAGGAAGCUCAUUAAUUAGCUUAUAUGCCAAGUGCGGUAAGUUAGACGAAGCUUACCAAGUUUUUCAAAUGCUACCCACAAGGAAUACAAUAUCAUGGACUGCGAUAAUUGCAGGUUUUGCCCAAAACGGUCGGGUCGAAACAUGCCUGUAUCUGUUUGUGCUAAUGAGGCGGUCGAUGACAAAGCCAAAUGACUUCACUUUCGCGAGCCUUUUGGCUGUUUGCACCAGCAGCGCUUGUCUUGGGAUUGGGAGAAGCUUUCACGGUCUAGAAAUAAAAAUGGGUUUUGAUAUGUAUGUGCAUAUUUCAAAUGCGCUAAUCUCAAUGUAUGCGAAAUGUGGGAGUAUUGCUGAUGCUCAAUAUGUGUUUGACGAAAUUUCGCAGAGAGACUUAAUCUCAUGGAACUCGAUGAUAUUCGGAUACUCUCAGUAUGGUCUUGCGGAACAAGCUUUAAACCUGCUGAAUGAAAUGAUCAAGGAGGACGUAAAACCCGACGCCAUUUCCUUUCUAGGCGUGCUUUCGUCAUGCCGUCACGUUGGUUUGGUCGAAGAAGGACGGCGAUGCUUCAGUUUGAUGCUUGAUUGCGAUGUAAAACCGGAUUUAGACCACUACUCGUGUAUCAUCGAUCUCCUCGGUCGUGCUGGGUUGCUUAACGAGGCAUUGGAUUUAAUUGCAAGAAUGCCCAUCCCUCCGAAUGCUGUCAUAUGGGGCUCGCUGCUGUCGUCUGCGAGGGUUCACGGAAAUGUUUGGGUUGGUAUCCGUGCUGCGGAGAGUAGGCUUUUCUUAGAACCAGGUUGUGCGGCGACUUACGUGCAAUUGGCUAAUUUGUAUGCUAGCACGGGGUCCUGGGAUCAGGUCGCGAAUGUGAGGAAGUUGAUGAAGGAGAGAGGGCUGAAGACGAGCCCGGGGUAUAGCUGGAUUGAAGUUGGUAACAAAGUUUACAUCUUCAAAGCGGAAGAUCGAUCAAAUAAGCAAGCGAACGAAAUCCUCGCCGUUUUGGGUUGCCUCCAGUGUCAGAUGGAUUGUCCGAGAGAUUUGUCUAUAUUUGAACAACUUCAAAUUACAGGAUAAUCAAUAGUAGAUAUCAAUGUGGCUUAAUCUCAUGAUCUAAGGAGUAAAACAAUCAAGCUCUGCACACAUUUGUCAUUAUCUUUGUUUCGUGUGUCAAAAAUUUUGCAUAUAACUGAGAAGAAAAUUCGAUUCAUUUUCAUUUUCUUCUAAGUUUAA